AUGGCUUCAAUAUUGGACGAGUACGAGGAUUCGCAAAACAGCCGGCAAAACACGCAGCAGCGCGGCCGCCUGGCGAGCACCAACAUCGGCAUAACACACUCAGGUUUCGUCAAUGUUCGACUGGAGGAGGAAAAGCCUAUUUUCAAUAAGCAGAGGAUCGAUUUCACGCCGCCCGAGAGGAUAAAUCACCUGGCGGUCUGCAACAAUCAGCUAUGCAUGAGUUUAGGGAGGGACACCCUGCUGAGGAUUGAUUUGGCUAAACCUGAUCAACCCAAUCAGAUUGAGCUGGGAAGGAAAGAUGACAGCAAAGUACACAAACUCUUCCUGGACCCGACCGGCUCCCACUUGCUGAUUAGCAUGAACACCAGUGAGUGCCUAUACCUGAACAGGAACACGCAGAAGGUGCGCAGUCUGUCUCGUUGGCGGGGCCACCUGGUAGAGAGUGUGGGCUGGAACAAGAUGCUGGGCAACGAGACCAAUACAGGACCCAUUCUGGUCGGCACUGGCCAAGGCGUCAUUUUCGAGGCGGAGAUCUCUGCCACCGAGGGGAGCCUAUUUAACACCAACCCGGACCAAUAUUUCAGACAAGUCCACUCCUUAGAGGAAGACGGGAGACCGGCGCCGGUGUGCUGCCUGGAAGUGGAGCGCGGCUUGGAGAACAAGUACUUCAUCAUCGCCACCACACGCAAGCGCCUCUUCCAGUUUGUUGGCAAGGUGGCCGAGGGGACGGAGCAGCAGGGCUUCAGCUCCAUCUUUACACAGAACCAGGACCUGCUGCCCAGCUUUCAGGAGUUCCCUGCCAACAUGGGCUACAGCGAGAUCACCUUUUACACGUCCAAGCUCCGCACCUCCCCCAAGGCCUUCGCCUGGAUGAUGGGGAAUGGGGUACUCUACGGGCAGCUAGACUACGUCAGGCCUGAUUCCUUGCUGAGUGACGUGCAGGUGUGGGAAUACACAACUGACAUCGACCUGUCUUUCAACAAGCCCAUAUCCAUCGUGCUGACCCAGUUCCAUUUUCUGCUGCUGUUGCACGACCGGGUCAAGGCCAUCUGUACGCUAAAUGGCCAGGUGGUUCACGAAGACGUGUUCCCAGAUAAAUUCGGCCCACUCAAGAGAAUGAUCAAGGAUCCGGCGGGUGGCCUUGUGUGGAUCUACACAGAGCGGGCCGUGUUCCGCUACCACAUCCAGCGCGAGUCCCGCGACGUUUGGCAGAUGUACAUGAGCAUGAAAAAGUUCGACCUGGCCAAGGAGUACUGCCGAGAGCGUCCCGAGUGCAUGGACAUGGUUCUGGCCAACGAAGCUGAACACUGUUUCCAGAACAAGCGCUACCUGGAGAGCGCCAAGUGCUACGCCAUGACGCAGAACUACUUCGAGGAGAUUGCGCUCAAGUUCAUCGAGGCCAAGCAAGAGGAGGCCCUGAAGGAAUUUUUGCUGAAGAAGCUGAGCAAUUUUAAGUCAAGCGAAAGGACGCAGAUAACUUUGCUCGUCACCUGGCUGACCGAGCUCUAUUUGAACCGACUAGGCCAGAUGGAGGACGACGACGGCAAAUCGGGCGACCUCUUCCGGGAGACCCGUGAGGAGUUCCGUCAAUUCCUGAAUACGUCCAAGCACCGCGAGUGCCUGUUCAACAACCGCAGCACCAUCUACGACUUGCUGGCUAGCCACGGCAACGUGGAUGACAUGGUGUACUUCUCGGUGGUCAUGCAGGAUUACGAAAGGGUGGUGUCGCACUACUGCCAGCAUGACGACUACCGCGCCGCUCUAGACGUGCUUGCCAAGCACUGCGAUGAGAAGCUCUUCUACAAGUUCUCCCCGGUGCUCAUGCAACACAUCCCAGAGAAGGUGGUGGACGCCUGGAUCCAAAUGGGCAAGCGGUUGGAUCCCAAGAAACUCAUCCCGGCGCUGAUGAACUACAGCCACAUGGGAAGCAGCCAGCAGAUCAACGAAACUGUGCGUUACAUGGAGUUCUGCGUACACGAGCUGCGUGUCACGGAGGAAGCCAUCCACAACUACCUGCUGUCUCUCUACGCUAAGUACAAGCCUGACUCGCUGCUGCGCUACCUGGAAGAGGCGGGCACAUACGCCUCGGAGAUCCACUACGACCUGAAGUACGCGCUAAGGCUUUGCGCCGAACAUGGCUAUCUGCGCGCCUGCGUGCUGGUCUACAGAAUUAUGGAGCUGUAUGAGGAGGCAGUGGAUCUCGCCUUGCAAGUGGAUGUGGAUUUGGCCAAGAGCUGCGCUGAUCUGCCCGAUGAUGACGAGGAGCUACGAAAGAAGCUGUGGCUGAAGAUCGCCCGCCACGUGGUGCAGGAAGAGAAGGACGUGAAGAAGGCCAUGAACUGCUUGUCGAGCUGUGACUUGCUCAAGAUCGAAGACAUCCUGCCUUUCUUUCCUGACUUUGUCACCAUCGACCAUUUUAAGGAGGCGAUUUGCAGUUCCCUAGAGGAAUACAACAAGCACAUUGAGGAGCUCAAGCAGGAAAUGGAGGAGGCCACGGAGAGCGCCAAACGCAUCCGAGAGGACAUCCAGGAAAUGCGGAACAAAUACGGAGUGGUGGACUCCCAGGACAAGUGCUCCGCUUGUGACUUUCCGCUGCUCAACAGGCCCUUUUAUUUAUUCCUCUGUGGACACAUGUUCCACUCUGACUGCCUCCUACAGGAAGUGACGCCUCAUCUCUCCGCCUACAAGCUGAGUCGUUUGAGUGAGCUACAGAAGAAGCUUUCAGCAUCCACUCAAGCGUCCAAGUCGCGACACCGGUCGAUGCAAAAUGAGGACAGUGAUGCGGCUAGCCUCGCCAAGGGUGACACGGCCAGCCUUGGCAAGGACGCCGCCAGUCGUGAGCAGGUGAAAUCGGACCUGGACGACAUGGUCGCUUCUGAGUGCGUGUAUUGCGGAGAGCUGAUGAUCAAGUCUGUGGACAAGCCCUUCAUCGAUCCGCAGAAGUACGAGGAAGACAAAUCCAGCUGGCUAUGA